AUGCUGCAGCAGCAGCAGCAGCAGCGGCAGCAGCAGCAGCAGCAGCAGCAGCAGCAGCAGCAGCAGCAGCAGCAGUGCUCGCUGCUGUUCAGCUCCUCAGGCACUCGGCUAUCUAGUAAGAGCCGAGAGUCAACACACCGGAUUGGUAGCCGAGCGCGAAAUCCACUCGUCCAACGAGAAACUACGAGGUGCACAAAGGAGCCUCAGAGCUACACACACCCUGAUUUUGUUAUCACGGAAGCAGAAGCAGCAUCGGAGGAGUUAUUACAAGACGAACCUCCUCCAUUCAUCAUUCUUUAUCGUUGGCCCUCGCGGGAGCCGUGGAUUUCAAGGUCUUUGGAGAUAGAUAGGACAAGCUUGUUGACACGUGCUACACAUGCUGCAACCCAGGGCUACUGUCUCUUCUACACUCCUGAUCCCUUAAUUACCCCGUCCCACUUGGGCGGACAAACAGGUCUGCAGGAGUGGAUGUCUCCCCUACCCGCGUCCCCACCCGGGGCGGACAAACCGGUUUGCGAGGCGAGACAAAUCAAACAUUCCUCCAACAGAAGGACUCUCCAGGGCGAAAAUGCCUUGCUGGGCAACCUGCCCCACAGAGGCGAGAACAAAUCAAACUAUCCUCCAACAGAGGACUCCUCCAACAAGGACCAGGGCGAAAAUGCCUUGCUGGGCAACCUGCCCCACAGGGGCGAGAACACUUGA